AUGUCGCUACCUUGGAAACUUCAGGAGACUUUUUCGCCCGAAGAAAUCCAGUUUAUAGUGGAAAAUGAGCCCAUAAAGAUCUUCCCACGAUUCACCACUAAACAACCUGUGCGAGGUAGCCAGCGCGGGAAAUCCGCGGGUCAGACCCGCUGGAAGCUACUGACGGCGAAAGAUGAGCCUUUGAACAACUUGGUGGCGAUCCAGACGACAGAAGUGGCGUUGUGGAUAGCUCUGUUGCUCAAACAGCAGGGCAAGUGUAGCAUUGUGGCGCCCAGUUGGCUGCGAUUAUCGCAGCUACAGAAAUAUAUCGAUUACGAGCUGAAAAACCAGGGCAGGUUUAGUGAACUGCCGUGGAAUUGGCUGGUGGUGGCUCAAUUGCUGUUUUCGAAAGCAGCAGACGAUCUGCACGACCCGGUGCACUUGCUGCGCGGGAAAGUACAGGAUCUGCGUGAGAUUCGCUUGAGCAAGAUCGGACAAGGUCUGAAACAUCUGAACGAGUCGCAUUUGCAAUUAGACAAUCUGAGUCUUUUGGAGAUAAACGAGUUGCGUCCGUUUGUGCUGGGGAUCAUGAAUAAACUGAAGGAGGUUCACAGCAGUAUUUCGGAGGAUCAAGAGGAGGAAGAGUAG